AUGGAUAGCUUCUGUAAUUAUGCCAAGGGUAGAUGGGUUGCAGACACAAGGAGACCACUGUAUUCUGGGUUUGGCUGUAAACAAUGGUUAUCCCCAAUGUGGUCAUGCAGGCUUACACAGAGACCAAAUUUCUUGUUUGAAGGAUACCGCUGGCAGCCAGAAAAUUAUGAUGUGCCAGAGUUUGACCCAUCUGCGUUCUUGAGAAAGAUGCAGAACAAAACAAUUGCAUUCAUAGGAGAUUCAUUGGGCCGGCAACAAUUUCAAUCUCUGAUGUGUAUGGUCACUGGUGGAGAUGAGAGCCCUGAGGUUGAAAAUGUUGGAUGGGAAUAUGGUCUUGUAAAAGCACGUGGAGCUAUUCGUCCUGAUGGCUGGGCUUACACAUUUCCAAAGACUAAUACCACCAUCUUAUAUUAUUGGUCAGCUAGUUUAUGUGAUCUUGAGCCUCUUAACAUCACAGACCCACUUACCAACAUUGCCAUGCAUUUAGAUCGCCCCUCUGCAUUCCUAAGAAGGUUCCUCUAUAAGUUUGAUGUUUUGGUUCUUAAUACAGGACACCACUGGAACCAGGGUAAGCUUAAUGCAAACCGUUGGGUAAUGCAUGUUGAUGGAAAGCCAAGUAAAGAUAAACAGUUUAGAGAAGUUGUAGAUGCCAAGAACUUUACUGUAUACAAUGUAGUUAGAUGGCUUGAUUCACAACUUGUUUCACAUCCUAGACUCAAAGUUUUCUUUAGGACUUUAUCGCCUAGGCAUUUUGCCAAUGGGGAUUGGAACAGUGGUGGCAGCUGUGAUAACACUGUCCCAUUAAGGGGUGGAAGUGAGGUUGUGCAAGAAGGAUCUUCUAGUGAUCCAAUUGUUGAGGGUGCACUGAAUGGUACAAAGAUUAAGAUGCUGGAUAUAACUGCUAUAUCACAGUUGAGGGAUGAGGCUCACAUGUCUCGCUAUACUAGUAGUGGAAUUUCUAAUUCUAGUGACUGUUUGCAUUGGUGCCUACCUGGAAUCCCAGAUACCUGGAAUGAACUACUUGUUGCUCAGAUAUAG